CGGUUCAGUUCUCAGUUUUAGUUUAUUUUCCCUCAGCUGACGACGGCGUUGGGAGGGCGCGAUUACAAUAUUCCGCCAAAUGGGAAUUGAUUUCGAAUACGGCCAUUGAAUUCCCAUUACUCCCACGGAGAGUAUCGCGAGACGGGCCUACCCAGAUCUAUAGAGCCAGGUGAACCAAGGAGUGGCACUCACAGUACUUACGAUCUGAUUCCCGUUCUGGGCCACCUUGAACUUGGAUGGUGCGACAAUUUGUGCAUUUUGUGUGUGUGUUUCAAUUAGAUGCAGGCCAGGCAGUCAGUCAGUCAGUCAGUCAAUGCGCUGUAACGCGUGUGACAGAGAGUGUAAAAAUAAAAUAAAACACCCGAGGCGGAGGCUGACACUGAGGCAAAGGUAAAGGCAUCAGGCAUCAGGCAUCAGGCAUUAGCAUCAGUAGAAAACCAAAAUAAAAACUAAAAAUAAUCGUCUGCCAAUUUGCGCACUAGCCAAGGAGAGGGCACAAGCAACAAUAGAGGAUACAGAGUUGCAGCAAUGGACACCACGGAGAAGAAGGUGUACCAGGACACCACCCGACCCCUGCCCAAGGCCGCCUCGGCUCGGUACUACAACAGGAAUGACAAGAGCGAUUUGGGUGAGGAUUUUGUGGCCCCCGAUGGCGGCUGGGCGUGGCUGGUGUGCGUGGCCGCUGGCGUUUCGAAUCUGUCCAUCUAUCCGUGCCUGCAGCAGUUUGGCUUCCUGUUCAGAGAGCGACUGGGCGACCUGGGCAUGUCCAGCUCCCAGAUCACGGCCAUCAUCAACACGAAUCCGGCGGUGUCCGCCUGCACGGGUCUGCUGAACGGUCCAAUGUUUCGCCGCUUCACCUUUCGCCAGGUGGCCAUGGCCGGCUCCCUGCUCAUCUCUGGCGGCAUUGUGCUGACGGCCUUCUGUGAGACAUUCGUGGGCUAUAUGGUGGCCUAUGCCCUGCUCUUUGGCUUUGGCAUGGGCAUCAGUGUUUCGGCCUCGUCGCUGGCAAUCAACACGUACUUCCAGCAGAAGCGACGCAAGGCCGCCGGCUUCUCGUGGACCAUCACGGGUCUGGGUCCGAUCUUCCUGCCCUAUCUGGUCACCUACCUGCUGACCGUCUACGGGGUGCGGGGCACUGUGCUGCUGUUUGCCGCCAUUUCGCUGCACUCGUUUGUCAGUGCCAUGAUCUACCAGCCGGUGCGGUACCAUGUGAAGGGCGGAGCCGUGGAGCCGGAACUGCUGGUGGAACAGCAGCCAGCGGAGGCGCUGUGCGCCCACUGUGCCUGGCAGCAGAAGCGCGAGCCGGGUGGGAUCUUCUCCAGCCAGUAUCUGUGCCAGGACGACGACGCCCAGCGGCCGGGCUACGAGAUCUGUGAGCCGGGCACUCCCAUGCUGUCGCGGGCCAACGAUGGUUGGUUUGGAUCGCGACCCUCGCUCACCUCGGGCCGGCUGCGCUUUCGCACUGUGUCCAGCUCCAAGGAUCUGGAGCAGACGCAGCGACUGCACUGUCCCAUCAGCGAGGAGCAUCUGGAGAGCGAUGAGUUCCUCAGGCCCAAUAACUUUCGCCGAGAGCGCGUCGAGUCCAAUCUGGAGGCGAAGCUCUGCUGCAGAUGCUCCGAGCAUCGGGCCAUCGCCCGGGAGGACAACAACAACAAGGAUCCAGAGGAGCAGCCCAGCCCGGACAUCGGCUUCCUGCAGAAGGUGGUGACCUUCUUCGACCUGGACCUGCUGCGCGACUUCACCUUCGUGAAUCUGGUUGCGGGCCUGACGAUCAUCAACUUUGGGGAGCUCAACUUCUCCAUCCUGACGCCGUUCAUCCUGGCGGACUUUGGCUUCGAGACACCGCAGAUUACGCUGGCCAUGUCGCUGCUGGCCGGCCUGGACAUCACCAUGCGCUUCCUGGUGCCCUUCCUCACCGAGAAGAUCCCGUGGGACAAUCGCGUGUUCUUCCUCAUCGGCGUCGUGGGCAUUGCACUGGGCCGCACGGUGGUGGCCUGCACCCGCUCCUACACGAUUAUCCUCUGCUGCUUCGUCUGGAUUGGGCUCUGCAAGGGCGUGCGCACCAUCUUCUGGCCCCUGAUCAUACCCGGCUACGUGCCGCUGAACCGUCUGCCAGGCGCCUCGGGCCUCCAGCUGCUCAUCUCGGGGCUGUUCACACUCAUCUGCGGGCCAUUUGUCGGUCUUGUGCGGGAUCGCUUCGACUAUUCGGUGACCUUGCACUGUCUCAAUAUGAUGACCUUUGUGGCGGCCGCCUCCUGGACCCUGGAGGCGCUCAUUCGACGCCAUCGACGGAAGCAGCGCCUGGAGGAUAGCUGAUCGACAUCGUCGGUGCUUAAGUUAGUUGCCCUUUUUUUUGCUAUCUCUAAGCUAAUGUUUUGUAAUACAUUAUACAAAGUAUACAGUACAACCGUGGUCUAUA